GUCAUUAUUACCGGGGAGCAUGAGCGGUAACAGCGCACGGCGUUGGAACAUCGCACAGACGCACUACGUCGUGAAGCGGAAGACCGAGACGGGCGACAAGUUCGUGAACAACUACCGUCUGCUGCAGACGCUGGGACAGGGCCGUUUUGGCAAGGUGAAGCUCUGCGAAAGACUAGCCAACUGUGCUGCACCAUCAACCAACUCCGCUGUUGCAGGAAAUACUGGGAUUGCUGCUACAAAUGGAGGUGAAGAUAAUACAGUUGCAUCGCUCCCUCCUCCGGCAUUUGCGCCGCCCAAGGCACGGCUGUUUGCCUUGAAGAUCUUCUCCAAGAAGAUGCUGCUCCGUCUCAAGGACUAUUGCGUGGAUCCUGCGCUUGGAGCAGCAGAAAACGAUGCUGGAGAAGACGCAGUACCGAUAAGAAUGCGUGCGGUGACGGCACUGGACCGAGUACACGAUGAGAUUGAAAUCAUGCGCUCGCUGUAUCAUCGCAACAUCGUGUUGCUCUUCGAAGUUAUCGAAGCUGACGACAGCGACAAGCUCUACAUGGUGCUUGAGUACAUGGCAUGCGGUCCAUGUAUGGUUUAUCGACCGGAUACGAAGGACUUUUACAGCCGCAUUACAGGAAGCGUACUAUCGGAGGAGCUGGCACGUAGCUAUCUGUCCGACAUCCUGCUUGGUGUGCAGUACUUACAUCAACGGAGAGUUUGCCACCGCGACAUUAAGCCAGACAAUAUACUGUUGAACGAUUCGGGACGCUGCCACAUUACUGACUUUGGCUGUGCGAAAGCGUUUAACAACGGUACAUCGGGCGACAUCUCUGGGAAUACAGAACGUGAUGGCGCUGAGCCGAUAGUAUUGUCCGAUACGGUUGGAACGUACCAGUUUUUGGCACCAGAAUGCUGCUCUGGUGAACCUUACGACCCCUUCAAAGUGGACAUUUGGGCAGUGGGCGUCGUUUUCUUCAUUUUCCUGUUCGGGAGGCUACCUUUUACAUCCGAAAGCACCCGGGAACUAUUUGAUGAGAUUAUUCGUGCAGAGAUUGUGCUGCCUGGCGCAGAAGAGUCUGGCCGCGAGUUACCACUUAGUUCCGAGAGCGAGAACUUGCUCCGUCGACUGUUAGAGAAGGACCCGGAGCAGCGGAUUACGAUUGUGGAAGCCCUUAGUCAUCCGUGGUUUACUCAAGACGAAGAAGAUGAAGAACCCCUGUCAUUCUGACGCCAGGGUACUUUUGAUCAAGUAUUCAACAAAAAUUCUUGUUUAUUGUAAUCUAAGUCACCGCCCAAGAUUUUUUUCUUUCGAACGCAGUCGAUGAAAUCGUUGUAGUGUAUGCUUGCUAUUCACAAGCGUCCAAUAUCUGCGUGUACGUCAGUAAUACUUCAAUGUGCCAUCCUCGAGUCAGAAAUUUGCUUCUCAUUGUAACAUUCGUCAAGCAUUUGCUGUGUCAGCUGAAACACCUCGUGAACUUGGACGCCAUCCAUGCCACCUCCAGCGAAAGGAUCCUCCAUUGUUCUUUCCACGUUGAAGAUUCCAGUCAUUAGCAGGCUCGUUGACACACUGAGCAGCAAACAGAAGGCAAAGUUCGUCGUCUGGUAUUCGUUCCCACGCGCGAUGUAGACGUAGUAUGGACCAUAGAACAGUGGCAGCACCAGGAUGAAAAGCCGGGUGAAUGAGCGAGUAGCUUGUGGGGUCCGAUAGAACUUGAUGUUCUGGAGUUUUUCGAUACGAGCUUGGAGCAACCAGUGAUACUGAUUAAUACGCGAAGCCUCAUUUGCAGGCAUGCCACAGGAUUUCAUGACCUCCACUUGGUCGUGCAGUUUACGGAUCGUAGUCACGAUCUGGAGCUGCAAGUGUUUCACAGGACUAACAAACUGCGAGGCGAGCUUUCGACCGUGUGAAGUAAACCGGUGUCGUCCACGUGUCAAUGUUGGCAUGAUCAGCAGCGCCAUCGUGUCAUGAAGUAGUGCUUCUAACAAGGUCUUGGUCUUCUGAACGUGAUCUUGUGGCAAUUUCUUGCGUUCGUUCUCGCCCCAGUUCCACAAUGCAUUGGCUAGCAGGAUGUUGACUAGUAAAGAUCUCGACUCGGAUAUAAUGUCCAAUGCUUGCUCUCGCCGAGUGAAUGCUUGUCUGAUCUGCAUGAUCAUGGGCGACACUACUGCGAAAGACACGAUAGUCCACGAGAUGUUGGCACCGAAACUCGGGCCUGUGCUGCUUUCGCCCAGGAAAUAAUAGAGAGACGUUGUGAUCACGGAGAAGAGCACCACAAACAACCCCUCGAACGUAAUGAGGUGGAUGACGAACACCUUCGAGGCAGCAUAAAGGUCCAGCACCGUGUCGCGGAAGCCCUCACUUGUCCGUCGCAGCGCCCCAUUCAUCUUCAUUUCGUUGUCAUCGCCAGCAUAACCACGCAAAUUGCCACGUUGUUCAUAUCGACGAGGUGAAUCAACGUCCACUUGAGAUUGAGGCGCGGCGCUGGUGCCGUACAGCGCGUAGUUGCCUUCAGUCAUUCCAACGAUGGAGAUGUGUGCGAUUUGCCCAUGACGACCAGCUAUCAAAGUUAACCUACGAUUGAUAAGAUGGAUAAUCGAUAGCCUUUAAUAAUUGAUGUGACUUCCUAAUAAAUUGCUGCAAAAAUCAAAGUUUGGAC